AAACCUUGACAAUUUUAUUUUUACAAUUUCAGAGAAAUGAGAAGUCUUCUGUUCAUAUUAAUCGGACGUUUACAAGCAUUUAACAUAGAUGUAAAGUUCCCCAUAUUUGUUGGAUCAGAUGAAGAAAAUUCUUAUUUUGGGUACAGUUCUCAACUCCACAAACCCAAGAUUGGAGAUUACAGCAGAGCAUACGUAGGGGCGCCAUUCUCCUCUGAGAAUGGAGGUGAUAAUGGAGCAAUGUUUUCAUGUUCUUUAGACCUCACCAAUUCUGGAGCAAGUUGUUCCAGAAAAUUCGUUCCGAAUUUAUCGGGUAAAUCUGGAGAUAUUUCAGCUCGGCAAAUGUUUGGUUCAGCCGUUGCUGUAAACACAGAUUCAGUUUUUUCGUGCGCACCUAGAAGACAAGAAUCAUUUACAAGCACAAAAAAUCGUAAAUAUAUGGGGAUGCAGGGGGAGUGCUGGGAGAUGAAUAUAGAAACUGAAACCUUUAAUACAGGGACUAAUCUUCUCGGAGACAUUAGAGAGUUAUUCGGUAAUGGUUCAAGAGGACAGUACAUGUCUUUGUAUGGAAGUGCUGGAUUUUCGAUACAUAGUCCAAGGGACACAGAGGAGGUUGUUUACGGCAUACCAGGAGCAUUUGAUUGGACGGGGUCAUUUUUAACCACAAGGCCAGGGGAAGUGAAAGUUGUAAAUCCUGAAAGCUGGAAGAGAAAUGAUUUUAAACAAUAUGAUUACUCUGGAUAUUCACUAGAAUCAGGUAACUUUAACGGCGGAUUCAAAUAUGUUGUUGGUGCCCCGAGAGGUGGGACGUAUCGAACAGGCCAGGUUUUGAUUGUCUCAAUAGGGAGUCCUGGAGCUCUGAAUAUGCAUUCAACUACUGUACACCAGAAACUAGUUGGUAAACAAAUUGGAGAAUAUUUUGGUGCCGCUCUUCUUACUGGAGACUUUAACGGGGACGGAGAAGAUGAUUUAAUUGUUGGAUCUCCUCUCUUCACAAACCAAAAUGUUCGAGUAAAAAGAGACGGAAAUCCAUUAGUGAAGAAAUACGAAGAGGGUCGGAUAUCAGUAUAUUUGAAGAAGGACAACGAGCUCACUUUCAGAGUAGAAGUCAAUCCUUCGGGUAAGAGUUUUGCAUCUUGGUCUGCCAGGUUUUCCAUAGUUCACAGAAUAUAAUUUUAUGUACGA